AUGCUGGGACUUGAGGAUAUUAUAAGAACCGCCUGUCGCGAACACGAAGACACGGAGGGCUUAGAUGUUUCGCAGUUUAUUGGGAAGGUUCGAGACCAGUUGGAGAAUGAGGGACAGGGUGACGAUUUGGCUCACGACCUUGACAAGAUGACGUUGCAGAAAUCAAGUCUUCCUCAGUCGGUUCACAGAAAAUAUCCAUUACCCGAUAAGAAGGGAAAAUAUACCGGCGCAUUGAUUAAACCCGCUUCGACUCACGAGUUCCUGGGCAUCCUGUCGAGCUCUCCGUUACCUUCAAAUGACCCAGAGAAUGCUGAGGUUGUGCCAUCACUGCAUGUGCUAAAGGAAAUAGAGUCCACCUUGACGCCGACUGUUUUGAUUGUAGACGAUAGAGAAAAUUUGGUUGAAUAUCUGGCCACUGCAUUCGAUCCUCCAGAUAAGAUCGCCGCAGAAUACUUGCUAUUAUUCUUACUAUCAUCGCCAACUUCCAGACCAACGUCCAUGACGCCGUUAGGUACUUUAUCUAUCAAUUUUCGCCGUCGAACGGAAGACGCCACGAAGCGAUUUCAUUCGAUCGUCUCGUCGGUAACUCCUCAUUAUGUACCGUUGCCAUUGUCGAUUGGCCUAUUGCAUGGUCAUCGAUUCUCUCCUUGUUCGACAGAUUCAUCAUCCCUCGAUGCAGGACUGCUGCAACUCGCAGAAGGGACGGUGCUGGUCGUGGAGGAGGACAGUAUGGGCAACGGUGGUCAAUUAAACGAAAAGGCUUUGCAAAAUCUGAAAGCGUUAGCCGAGUGUAUGACGGAACAAAGAGUGAGAUAUGAGUAUCCUUACAUGGAUGGUCUGAAGAUGGAUUGCGCGACGAGAGUCGCCGUACUGAGUCAGGGGAAAAGUCUGCUUCCUGUCGUGGGGUCUCAAGCACAUGCUGCGAAACUUGUUAUCCCCGAUGAAACAGCAGAUAUAAUACAAGACGCUUUUGUUCAGGGGAGGAAAGAAGACGCUGAAGGCGCAGAGGACACACUGAAAAGACGGAUGAAGGUGGGCCGGUUGAUGGCGCUGUCCUAUCCUGAAGCGAUAUUGACAAGAGAGAUUUGGGACAGGACGGUGCAUCUGGAUGAGAAGGUAAAGCAGAGGUCAUAG